AUGCGAUCAAAUGACAGCCAAAAGCUAAUUGUAGUAGGAAUCCCUAAAAGUCUGGAUGAUGCACAGCUAUCUGAACUAUUUAGCAAAUUUGGCGCCGUGGCCGAGGCCAAAGUGGUGCUGGAUGCCUCCAAAAUGUCGCGAGGCUUUGGCUUCGUGACGUUCACGGCCGCCUCAUCCAUGCGCGCAGCAAUCAAGGGCAUGAACAAGAAAGUGGUGCAAGGUCGCACUCUAAAUGUGCGUCAAUUAGUACCAAAGGACGAAUUUCAAUCGCAAAAGAAAGAGGUGCCUGACGCAAGUAAGCGACCGUGCUGGCUUUUGCGCAAGGGAAAAUGCAUGAAAGGCGCUAAUUGUCCGUUCUCGCAUACUAUCGAAAGUGGUGAAUUUGGCAACUGCUUUGAGUUUGUACAGACUGGCGGGUGCAAACGUGGUGAUCAGUGCAAAUUCUCCCAUCCUCAAAAGGAGGAAAAUGAAAAGGAGACGAACGAAGAUAAUAUAGAUGUCAAAAUUGUGGGCAAACGCUUGUGCUAUAGUUUUCAGAAUGGACGAUGCCAUCGAGGUAAAACGUGCAUGUUUCUUCAUGAGCUGCUGACGAAUAAAAACAUAAAAGAAAACUUAAAAGAGACGACGCAGCCGCUUAAACAGUCGCUAAAUCAGAGCAACUUGGGUCAAAAGCGAAGACGGAUGCAGGAUGACAAGGAGACCGCCGAAGAGCCAUUGAAGCUAGAAGAGCCGGAUGUUGGCAGUCCAGCCGUGCAGGAAACAACCAUAACGAAUCAAGAGCAGCAAAAGUUUAAGCAGAUCAAAGAAAAAACCGUUAGAUUGAAGAAGUUUGAGUGGAAGGCCAAGCAACAAGUCAUGAAGAUGGAUUCACGGGAUUUCUUGGAUAAAAACGAUGAUUCACCGGAUAACGAUGACGAGAAGCAGGAAGUGGAGCAACGUCCGAUCAAGAAGAUGAAGAAGGAAAAAAUUGACAUGGGUGCAGCAUUUGACAAUAUUUCGGAUGGUGAGUUUGAUUCUGCUUGUGAUGGCAAGAAAGAGAUAGUAAACAAGGAGACGAUGCGUGCGAAUCGAGAAAAGAUGAAGCAGAAUAGACGAUCGAAGCGCAAAGCUAAAAAGACGGCACUAAUGAAACUGAAGACAAAGAACGCGAUUGAGCUAUAA